ACCCGUAACACUUCGCAAGAUUCAGGGUUCGUAAGAACAAGGCAGAUCCAAAACUGCAGCGUUCUUUUUGCAACAUAACUAUUUGAAGUUACUAUGGUAAUAUGGAGUUUACACCUGGUGUCAAGAUAUUUGCAUGACAAAAGGUCACCACAACAUGAAGAAUCAAACGUUAUUACAGCAGAUCAAGGCAAUGAAUAUUCACCAGGAAUAUGGGAUCAACAAACCAAUAUCGCGCUGUUUCUUCAACGUAUCGAAUACCGAAUUCAAAUGUGAAUGCCCUGCUGCUUCCUUCGACUGAUUCCAGCCAGUUCCAUUCUGCUUGCAUCCCUAAAGAAACCAGAGAGCGUGUCAAGUCUGCACCACCUAGGUCUAAGGAGAAUCGACCGAAGGAUUAUGCGCUGUGCAAUCACGUUAAUGAAGAUCGCAGAUGGACAGAAAGAUGCAGUAAGGAAAGGAAUCUGCAAAAGACAUGGGAUACUAAAUAUCAAUUCAUGACAGAAUUUGACCAGAAGGGAAAUCCAAGACAAAAAAGGAUCCCUGAUGAAACAAACACAUCACAAUUUUCAAGCCAUUUCCCAGCUGCAAUUUCACAACAUAUUGGAAGAAGGGCACAAUCAGCACCAGCCCAGAGGAUGCAAAGACUUGAAAUGACAAUGCAUAGAGGCAAGAGGAAAAGUAAAGAUUUGAUUUAUUAUGAUUGAGUAGAACUUUUCAAAAGCUACUGUAUAUAAACAUAUGGUUUGGCUUAUAAAGCAAACUAUGUAUGAGGUUAUAAAUAAAGUUGGACCUCCGAGUGUGAUCUGGGUAACCUUCAAAGGAGGUUUGCAUUAUUUUCAUCAACAAUUUUGUCUAUAUAGUUUUAUUUUGAAAUCUAUUUAUUUUUGCAUCUAUUAAGUUAA